AUGGGAUUGUCAGCGAGUCCUUUUAGCUUUCGCGACCAAUUGGCUUUUUACGGCGCGUAUCAUACCAACCGUGUGAAUGUGGGUAUCCACAUCUUGUGUGUUCCUCUAAUUUGGGUGUCGACGCUCGGCCUGGUGCUGCAGAGCGGCGUCUCUGUGACUGCUCUUGUGACCCAAAUGCCUUCAGUAGUACGCAGCCCUGCACUGCAUGGUCUUGGUGAGUUGCAAAGUAUCGUGCCUGCGUAUGUCUACCCGCACUUGAAUGUGGCCUCGCUCGUUUCGUUUCUGUAUCUGAUGUACUACUAUGUACUUGACAUUCCCUCAGCCCUUUUGAUUACGCCGCUGUGGGCCGGGUACUAUGCCUUGGCAUGGGUAGGCGCCGAGGUGCUGCAGGGACGGAGUGGCCCUCUCCUUGCCGUGUUUGUGCUGAGCUGGUUGCUCCAGUUUUAUGGGCACGGAGUGCAUGAAGGCCGUGCACCGGCGCUUCUAGACAACUUGCUGGGGGCGGUGGUCUUGGCCCCACUGUUUGUCUUUAUUGAGGUUCUCUUUUGCUUUGGCUACCGCCCUGAGCUGCAGCGGUGGCUUAAGAAGGAGACGGGACGUUUGAUUUUGGCGUUCCGUUCGCAACAUGUAGCGAAGCCCAAGGCAUAUUAG